GCUGAGCGUGGAUGAACUUUGAGGUUUUGACCGGUGGGGAAAAGUCGAUUAAUCCUCGCAGCUCGCUUGUUUUUUCGCGUUUUUCGCGGUCGCGUUCGCGCACAGUGGAAAAGUUUAGUGAUUUGCGUGCUUUGCGAAGAAGGUCGUGCCAAAAGGGCUUGGAGUUGUGGGGGAAAUUUCGAGGUUUUCCGACCACCUGCUGACCGGAACCGGAAGCGACGAGGCGAACCGACGUCUGGCCUACAUCCCGGCGUCACCGACGUGGCCAAGAUAUAUAGAUUUUCGGGUUUGUUUUAUUUGGAAAGUCAUUAAUCACAGCAGGAAGUACGCGUGUGAGCUGCUAGAGAGAGAGCGAAAGAAGGUGGUGAGGUGAUUUACGCGGAUGUUUUGUUACAGUUUAAAUAGCCGUGGAAAAUAGCUGGGGAUCGGCCCCACAAAACCCCGCGCCCCCACCCAAAUAGUACAAGAAUAGAAUAUCAAGUGUCUGCAAGUCUGCAACGGAUGCAGCGACGGUGAAAAUUUCUCCCUUCUGUGCAAGUGCACCCAAGUGAGAGAAGAAAAGUGUGGGAAAUUUAUGUGCGAUACCUGGGUCUGCCCUUCUGCUUCUAAAGAAGCAUAGUGUUCUCCCCCCACCCAUCUUUUAGAAAAGAAGGGGAGAAAGUUGCUGCAUAAAAAGAAAAAAAGGAGUGAAUGUAUGACAUAAAAUAAAUGUGAGAAUCUCAGCCGAGCGCGGAAUUUCAAGUACUUGGAAGAAAUGCGAUCACGUGUUUAUUGCAGCAGAUGAAAACAUAAAGCAAGAAGAAGAACCAUCUUAACACAUCUCAUCGUCAUUAAUUCGACACGUGGAAGCGAUGCUGAUGGUAUCCAAAUAAACCAAACGGGUGGGUCGAUAACGACCGGCAGCAUCCGUUCUGGAUUCGAAAACAUUGCUGAAAUCGCCGUAACAAAAAUCAAACAAACAAAUCAUCAUCGCAUCAAUUUGAAAAAAAAAAAUCAAAUCGAAGCUGGUAGAAAGAAAAUCGCGCCCCCGCGAAAACGGAAUAUGAGAUGUGGAGUUUGCUAGUGCUGUUGCAGAUUUUGCUUGUGAAAGAGACAGCGUUGGGUAUCAAGCUGACGGAGGUGCGAGUGCCUAAACACACCAUCAAGGACCACUCGGUUCGGCUCGAGUGCCACUACGAGAUGGAGGGCGAGGCCCUGUACGCGGUCAAGUGGUACAAGGACGGCCACGAGUUCUACCGGUACGUGCCCCGGGACUCGCCCCCGGUGCAGAUCUUCCCCCGCGAGGGCAUCAACGUUGACGUACAAAAUUCCACCAACGACCAGGUGGUCCUGGAUCCGAUCGAGCUCGCGUCCACCGGCAAGUAUCGAUGCGAGGUGUCAGCAGAAGCGCCGUCCUUCCAGACCGUGUCCGACCACGGCGAAAUGACCGUUGUGGUUCUCCCCGACGAGGACCCGCACAUAUCGGGCGGAAAGCCCCGCUACCAGCUCGGGGACGCUGUCCGCGUAAAUUGCACCUCCGGCCGGUCCAAACCCGCCGUUCACCUCACCUGGUACAUCAACAGCGAGCCGGCCGAGCCGGGGCUGGUGCGGCAGUACGAGCCGGUCGUGUCCGGCAAGGACAAGCUGGAGACCUCCAUCCUGGGGUUGGAAUUCCGGGUAAAGCCAAAGCACUUCAAGCGGGGCGACAUGAAGCUCAAGUGUCUCGCCACCAUUUCCACCGUGUACUGGAAGAGCAACGAGGAAAGCGUCGAGGGUGACAAACCGCAGAAGGCGCCGAUGCUCGAGUCGCGAAAGGCCGUCGCCGCCAACACGCGGGCGGACCGGGUUCAAGCAGGUCACAGCAGCGCCCCAAGCCUGUCCUCAAGUCUCGUCACACUGCUAGCAUCCCUACUGCUGGUGGUCACCGUGGCAACGAGCAGGUCGUACAGCUUACUCAGCACAAACCAGCACUUCCGGCCUGAAACCGCUACCGCCCCAAGGUAACUAGAAACCGGGUAAAUGAGCUCUCAAGCACCUCUCUAGAACUAUGCUGCUGAAAAGAAAAAAAAACUAUUUCAAUUAAGCUGUGUAAGUGAAACCAAAAUUUUAACUUCUAACUAUAACGUACAGAAAAAAAGUGUGUGGGUGGUUGAGAAGCGUGAAUGCGGGAAACUUGAGUGAGUGCGGGAGAAAGAUGUUGUUUUUUUAGAUAAAUUAAGUUAUGAAGAAAUUAAAAUAAUUGAAAAAGUCUAUAUAAGUGUAGCGAUGACGAUGCGGGAAGAUGAGCAAAUUUUAAGAAGAAAACUUUUGAACUGGUGAGAAAUAGUAUUACGAGGAUAGGAGAUAAUUUAUUUAUGAAUGGUAAGGCGAAACUUUUCCAUUGGUACGCUCGCUAAUAAAUCAAAUUAAUUUGAUUUGCGUAUUCAAAAAAAGAGAGACAGAGGAAAGAAGGAAGGUGGCAAACAAAACCGAAAGCACGUCUAGGAUUAGAGUAGGAAAAACCCAGCUACGGCAGCAAACCCGAGACUAAUGAUUUCAUCAGAUAGAGAAAGAAAGAGGGUAGAUAUCUUCAUUCCGUUCCAGGACCGACCACACUGUGAAGGGUAGGGUAGUUUGACAAUAGUUGGUUGGGGAAAAGUAUGAAAAUUUCCUUGCUCAACUGUUGGCAUCCUACCCUGCUUUUGUAUUAAAGUAUGCCAAAGGUGGCAAAAAGAAUAGCUCUAUACCUCUAGACUACACCUUCACUUGAUUUAGUCAAAUAGCAUUAUCAUUUGAAAAUUCACAUUGUAAAUAAAGCCGAUUUGCUCGCGCCC